AUGCCCCGUCGAAGGCGUCCAGCUCGUCCGGGAGCUCUCGCCGACCUUGCGCCAAAACGAAUCCUCGCUCAAAUCGUCGUCCUUCAACUGUUAUACUACGCUGUUGCAGCCGCCUUGAUCCUAUUCACCACCCUGGUCGCAGGCAGAGAUGUCACGGCAGAUCUCCUUCUCAGCUGGCGCACUGUCAGGAGUGAUGUUACCACAGGAUGGAUGCUCGGCCUCUGCUGGAUGAUGGACAGUCUGAUCUGUGUCAUCUUCCUACUACUCUUCAUCGCUCGAUCAAAACUCGUCCCUGACUUCGCAAUCACCAUUCAUGUCAUCAACCUUAUCGUAACUACCUUCUACACAAAAGAGCUACCUACUCAAAUCUUCUGGUGGGGCCUACAAUUCUGCAGCACUGGACUUAUGAUUUUCCUUGGUGUCUGGGCCUGCCAGUGGAGAGAACUAAAGCCUAUAUCCUUUGGAGGGAAAGGAAAACAACCUGCCACCGCCAGCGAUCCAGCCGCAGUAGAAGAGGGUGCUGGUUUUGCAAGAGAAGGUAGAGGAGCUGGAAGUGAUGGAGCUGGAGUAUACGAGAUGGUUGGCAUGCCUCCCAGAGACCAUGCUGCAUGA